AUGUCAAGAGAUGCACCAAUUAAGGCUGACAAGGAUUAUAGCCAGAUUUUGAAGGAAGAGUUUCCUAAGAUCGAUUCGCUUGCUCGAAAUGAUUAUAACUCUGCUUUAGACCAAUUGUUAUUGUUGGAGAAGAAAACGAGACAAGCCUCAGAUCUGGCCUCCUCGAAAGAAGUUCUAGCUAAGAUUGUGGACCUGUUAGCAUCAAGAAAUAAGUGGGACGAUCUAAAUGAGCAAUUGACUCUACUCUCAAAAAAGCAUGGUCAAUUAAAAUUAUCGAUUCAGUACAUGAUACAGAAGGUUAUGGAAUAUUUGAAAAGCUCGAAAUCUUUAGAUUUAGACACCAGAAUUAGUAUCAUUGAAACGAUCAGGGUGGUUACGGAGAAUAAGAUAUUUGUGGAAGUAGAAAGAGCUAGAGUCACCAAAGAUUUAGUGGAUAUCAAGAGGCAGGAGGGUAAGAUUGAUGAAGCCGCGGACAUCUUGUGUGAAUUACAGGUUGAAACUUAUGGCUCUAUGGAAAUGUCGGAAAAGAUCCAGUUUAUAUUAGAGCAAAUGGAAUUAAGUAUAUUAAAAGGUGAUUAUUCCCAGGCCACGGUGCUUUCAAGAAAAAUUUUAAAAAAAACUUUUAAAAGUCCUAAAUAUGAGUCAUUGAAACUAGAAUAUUAUAAUCUUUUGGUAAAGAUUAGUUUGCACAAGAAGGAGUACCUAGAAGUAGCACAAUAUUUGCAAGAAAUUUAUCAAACGGACGCUAUUAAAUCAGAUGAGGCUAAAUGGAAACCUGUUUUAUCCCACAUUGUAUAUUUCUUGGUCCUCUCGCCUUAUGGCAAUUUACAAAAUGAUUUAAUUCACAAAAUUCAAAAUGACAACAACCUGAAAAAAUUAGAAAGCCAAGAAUCUUUAGUUAAAUUGUUUACUACAAAUGAAUUAAUGAGAUGGCCAAUAGUUCAGAAAACUUAUGAGCCUGUUUUAAAUAAAGAUGAUUUGGCAUUUGGUGGAGAAGCCAAUAAGCACCACUGGGAAGAUCUACAAAAAAGAGUCAUCGAGCACAAUUUGAGAGUUAUUUCCGAAUACUAUUCUAGAAUCACUCUAUUAAGAUUGAAUGAGCUGCUGGACCUAACAGAGACCCAGACAGAAACAUAUAUCAGUGAUUUGGUCAACCAAGGCAUCAUAUACGCUAAAGUUAAUCGCCCAGCCAAGAUCGUCAAUUUCGAAAAACCAAAAAACUCAAGCCAACUAUUGAACGAAUGGUCACAUAAUGUCGAUGAAUUGUUAGAACAUAUAGAAACCAUAGGCCAUUUGAUUACGAAAGAGGAAAUCAUGCACGGUUUGCAGGCCAAAUAA